UCAGUUGAGAUUUGAGAGAGAGAGAUGACAGUGGCAGGAGAAAGAGCUCCACCAAUGGAAGACAGAGAAGGGAAGCUUCUGAUGCAGCAGAUCGCGAGGGUUCUGGACGAAUGCCGAUCUUCCUAUGCGAUCCACACGAGAAAGUUGAAAGAGCUCUUGGCCCUUCGUUCAUCUUCUCCUCAAUGUUUCUUUUCGGCAUUUUCCAAAACCCUAACUCCUCUCUUUGAUUUCCAAAGAAGAACAGCUUCUGCGGAACGGAUUGUUCGUUUUGUCGCUGUAUUCUCCGCUUACCGUGACGACAAGCACGCUUCCGAGUGUGAUGUUUUCCUGGAAGAGUUCUUACGGUUCCUUCUGAUCGCCGCUGUUGCCUCCAACAAGACCGCUAGGUUCCGGUCGUGUCAGAUAAUCUCAGAAAUCAUAAUGCGGUUGCCAGAUGAUGCAGAAGUGAGCAAUGAACUCUGGGAUGAGGUGAUAGAUUGCAUGAAGUUAAGGGUUGGGGAUAGGAUCCCAGCAAUCCGGACAUUCGCAGUUAGAGGGCUUGCCCGAUUUGCUAAUGAUUUGGAGAACAGUGAUAUCGUCGAUUUGUUCCUUCAAACUUUACCUUUCGAACAGAACGCUGAGGUUCGUAAGACAAUUGUUAUAUCUUUGCCUCCUUCCAAUGCAACAUCAGCAGCAGUCAUUGGAUGCACACUUGAUGUGAGUGAGUCGGUGCGGAGAGCAGCAUACUUUGUUUUGGGGAAUAAAUUUCCCCUUCAAAGCCUUAGCAUCAAGCUUAGGACCAUCAUCCUUCAAAGGGGGCUUGCUGACAGAGCUGAGUCUGUCAAAAAGGACUGUCUGAAGAUGUUGAAAGAUGAGUGGCUUGUUAAGUGUUGCAAUGGAGAUCCUAUAGACCUUCUUAAGUUUCUUGACGUGGAAACUUAUGAAUCAGUUGGAGAGGCUGUAAUGGGGAUCCUUUUAAAGGCUGGAAUGGUCAAUGUGCAGGAUGGACAAAGAAUGCGGCAAUUCUUUGUAACAACCUCUGACACAAAUGAAGGACAAUGCAUUCCAAGCAAUCAGCUAAUGGAAGCAGAGGUUGCUCUUUAUUGGAGAACUUUAUGCAGGCAUCUGCAGAAUGAAGCACAAGAGAAAGGUACUGAUGCUGCAGCUACAAUGGGCACUGAGGCGGUGGUGUAUGCAGCGGAAGCUUCAGAUAACAAUGACCUUCUUGAACAAAUCCUUCCUGCAACAGUUUCUGAUUAUAUUCAGCUGGUCAAAGCACAUCUAGCUGCAGGACCAAAUUAUCGGUUUGUAUCUAGGCAGUUGCUGUUGCUUGGAGUGGUCCUGAACUUUUCUGAUGCUACGAACAGGAAGGUUGGUGCUGCCCUUGUACAGGAAUUACUGCACAGGCCUCUUGAGCAUGAAAUUGAUGAUGAUGGAAACAAGGUUGUCAUCGGAGAUGGCAUCAAUCUCGGUGGUGACAGGGAGUGGGCCACCGCAGUUUCAGAGUUAGCGAGGAAAGUGCACGCUUCUGUUGGGGAAUUUGAAGAAGUCGUCGUUGGGGUUGUGGAGGAACUUGCUCGGCCUUGUAGGGAGAGAACUGCUGACUACAUGCAAUGGAUGCACUGCCUUGCUGUGACUGGUCUUCUCUUGGAAAAUGUGAAGUCCAUCCAUUUGUUGCAAAAGAAGGCUAUUGAGCCUGUUGAAACACUACAGUCACUACUGCUUCCUGGGGCGAAGCAUGUCAACUUUGAUGUACAGAGGGUUGCUAUGAGAUGUCUUGGUCUUUUUGGUUUAUUGGAGAGGAAACCAAGUGAAGAGCUAGUAAAGCAGUUGAGACAUUCUUUUGUCAAGGGCCCCAAUCCAGUUAGUAUCAUGGCUAGUAAAGCACUGGUUGAUCUUGGGAUGUGGCAUGGUCCUCAGGAAGUUGAUAAAGCCAUGUGCCAGGAUUUGUUGUCAGUAUCCCAGGAUGAUAAGAAAAGUUUUGCUCCUGUUAAUUUCUGCGAACUAAACGGCGAUUCAAGUAUUGAGUUGCUUGAUCUCCUAUAUGCUGGACUUGACAGGAGUGAUUGGGAUGAAUCCACAGAAACUGAUGACCAUGAAUCAGUUCAAGCUAUUCUUGGAGAAGGAUUUGCAAAGAUUCUUCUUCUCAGUGAGAACUAUGCAAGCAUAUCUAUUUCAUUGCAUCCUUUAAUCUUUGCCAAGUUAAUCAACCUUUAUUUCAGUGAUGAGGCAAAAGAGUUGCAGAGUUUGAAGCAAUGCUUAUCUGUUUUCUUUGAGCACUACCCAGCUCUCUCAUCUGAUCACAAGAAAUGCAUCUCCAAGGCUUUUAUACCAGUCAUGCGUUCAAUGUGGCCAGGAAUUUAUGGAAAUGCAGGGGGUUAUCCUGUUCUGGUGUCAAAUAUGCGAAAACGUGCAACCAAAGCAUCACGUUUCAUGAUGCAGAUGAUGCAAACUCCUCUAUACCCAAAAGAAAAUGAAGUGGAGGAUGAAAAUGGCAGGAGGAAGUCGCCAGAAACUCCAGAUGGUUCUGAACCACCAUCAGUUGACUUUGAUAGUGGGGAGGAAGGGCUUGCAAUUUGCAUUGCUAUGGAGAUGGUAAGCUUCCCUAUGAAGAAGACAGCUGCUGGGAAAUCGUAUGUGUCAGCAUUGUGUAGAAUAGUUUUCUUGCUCAAUUUCCGGUCAUCAGAGCAGCGGGCAAUUAAAUGCAUGCGAGGACUUCUGAACCGCAUGGCAGAAUGUAUCUCAACAGAUAAAGAGCUGUUGAAGGAUUUAAAGCGGAUGGGAGCACAACUUAAAGCUUUGGAUGAGCAUCCAGAUGAAGACUUGUCGCAAGACCAAGCUGAUCUAAUUCUAGGAAGGUUAGAACUGGACCGCAGUAUUGGCUUGGAUCCUGUAGCUUCUGUGCCAUCAACACCGGCAACAACACGCUCAACCAGACCUACCCGAUCUAGGAGACGAGUUAGGCGUGAAGAUGCUUCUUCUGAUGAAGGAGAAACUUCACCCACUUCUGUUGUUCCACCAACUCCUAGUAUGUUAAGCUCUCGAUCUCAGAGAGCAAGCAAGAUUGCUGCUCUCAGUAAGAUGAAGACUGUAAGAACAGAUAGGAUUGAGGGGAAUGAAGAUGAAAAUGAUGCUGAAGUGUCAGAUGUGACAUCUGAAGAGGCGUCUGAUGAAUCUGAUGAGUUUAUUGAAUGAGUUGGUCUCUUUGAAUGAUGCAUGUCACUGCCUUUGUUGUUCAUCUUUUCUCUAUCCAUCUGUGUUGGGAAAACCAUGUGUUAUGGUUCGAAUCUGUAGUCAAUCCUAUUUCUGGUAGGAGCAGUCUUAUUUGUAUCUAGUUUUGUUGGUUGGUUAAUUGAUCAUAUUUUAUUCAUGAAAUGGGUUGGAUUGGUAUAAUUGUCAA